GCCGUCGCGCUCACAUGAGCGGUGUCACAUGACGACGGCAGCGCGGGGCCGGCGGGUGCGCGGUGCUGCCCGGGCCGCCCGCGGCUCCCCUCGCUCUUCCUCCCUCCAUCCCUCCAUCCCUCCCUCUGCUUCCUUCUCCCAGCCCUGCACGGCCUCCGCCGCCGGCACGCCCCUGCGGUACAUUUUAAUUAUCAGUCAAGAUGGAUAUCCGAGGUGCUGUAGAUGCUGCUGUCCCAACAAACAUCAUUGCUGCCAAAGCUGCUGAAGUUCGGGCAAACAAAGUAAACUGGCAGUCAUAUCUCCAAGGUCAGAUGAUUUCAGGUGAAGACUGUGAAUUUAUUCAAAGAUUUGAACAGAAAAGAAAUCCAGAAGAAAAACAGGAGUUGUUGCAAACAGAAGGCAAUCAAUGUGCUAAAACAUUUAUAAACUUGAUGACUCAUAUCUCCAAGGAACAGACUGUUCAGUACAUUCUGACUAUGGUUGAUGAUAUGCUGCAAGAAAAUCAUCAGCGUGUUUCCAUCUUCUUUGAUUAUGCAAAACGUGGUAAAAACACUGCAUGGUCCUAUUUUCUGCCAAUGUUGAAUCGACAAGAUCUCUUCACUGUGCAUAUGGCAGCAAGAAUUAUUGCCAAACUGGCUGCUUGGGGGAGGGAGCUUAUGGAAGGCAGUGAUUUGAAUUACUAUUUCAACUGGAUUAAAACUCAGCUUAGUUCACAGAAACUACGUGGUACAGGGGGUUCUGUGGAUACAGGAGCAGUCUCCACAAGUGAUAGUUCCCAGUAUGUGCAAUGUGUUGCUGGAUGUCUGCAGCUGAUGCUCAGGGUCAAUGAAUACCGCUUUGCAUGGGUAGAAGCAGAUGGAGUAAAUUGCAUCAUGGGUGUCUUGAGCAACAAGUGCGGUUUUCAGCUCCAGUAUCAGAUGAUUUUCUGUGUGUGGCUGCUGGCAUUUAGCCCUCAAAUGUGUGAAUAUCUCCGUCGGUACAAUAUUGUCCCCGUGCUGUCGGAUAUUCUUCAGGAAUCUGUCAAAGAGAAAGUAACCAGGAUCAUCCUUGCAGCGUUUCGUAAUUUGUUAGAGAAAUCUACUGAGAGAGAAACUCGCCAAGAAUAUGCUCUUGCCAUGAUUCAGUGUAAGGUUUUAAAGCAGCUAGAGAAUUUGGAUCAGCAGAAAUAUGAUGAUGAAGACAUCAGUGAAGAUAUCAAAUUUCUACUGGACAAGCUUGGUGAGAGCGUGCAGGACCUUAGCUCCUUUGAUGAAUACAGCUCUGAGCUCAAGUCAGGAAGACUGGAAUGGAGUCCUGUGCACAAAUCUGAGAAGUUUUGGCGGGAGAAUGCUGUACGACUAAAUGAGAAGAAUUAUGAACUACUCAAAAUCCUGACAAAACUUCUGGAGGUUUCUGAUGAUCCACAGGUGCUGGCUGUAGCUGCUCAUGACGUGGGAGAAUAUGUACGACACUAUCCCCGUGGGAAACGAGUGAUUGAACAGCUUGGUGGUAAACAGCUGGUCAUGAACCACAUGCAUCACGAAGACCAGCAAGUUCGUUAUAAUGCACUACUGGCUGUGCAGAAGCUGAUGGUUCACAAUUGGGAAUACCUUGGGAAGCAGUUGCAAUCAGAACAACCUCAGACGGCCACAGCACGGAGCUAAACACUUCCAUCAGUUCAUGCAGUUCACGCUUACAACUACAGUGUGUUUGUCUUGAAAUGAAUACAAAAGAAAUUCUGAAAUCACAUGCUCUUUGUCUGCUACGGGUGCAUAAACAUUCCAGCUUUCCUCUAGUGUUGUUGGCUUCCUAAAAAUUUGUUUGUUCAACUAGUUCUGCUGAUUAUGCCUAUUAGCUUCUUGUUCUAUUCUGAAUGUAUAUGAAGAAAUGUGGCUAAUAUAUUCAAUUUGUUUUAUGUAUUUAUUCUCAUAAUAAAGACUAUUAUUAAAAGAUAUCCAUUCCAUAAUGGAUAUUAUAAUUAGCCUAGAAUAAUUGUUCUCUUCUUUUAGUGGGUUAGCAGUGUUGUCACUUUCCAAGAAAAGUAAGUUGUCCCCCUAUGUCUCAGACAAAUUAAUAAAGCUUUGACUUAGUAUUUCAUAGAAAGUGCAAUAGCCUAAGAAAUAUUGAUUAUCAAUACUAAAAUAUAUACCAAGUCUCAAAACAGUGUUAAUUGUAUAUAAAAGCAAAUGUACGGGUGGAGUUUUUUUGAGGGGUGGGAUAGUUCUCUUGUUAGAAACUACAUUAAAAAAUCUGGAAUUGAGAAGAGGAAAAGAAAAUGAGCAUUCCUCCAUCAGUGAAAACAUACCCUCAAGAUUAUUAGUCCAGCUGUAUAACACCAGUGGUUAAGGCUGUAGAUCAGAGAUCAAGUUGAGGGUGUCUUUUUUUUUUUUUUUUUUUUCAAAUGUGCACUACUAACUGCUGAAAUUGUAAUUUCAUGGAGUUUUUGGUAAUUGAAAAUACUUGUAUAUGUUAGGGUUCUGGUUUCAUUCCAAAAUCCAUUGUAUUUAUUUUAUAUUAAGCCAGAUAAUUUGGCUAUCAAUAUUUUCUGUGUUUUGUAGCUUCUGACAGUAUAAAAUAUGUAAUCAAUAAAUUUAAGCUGAUCUUGGCUUGGCA